GUGACAUCAGACGUCCAAAGCAUGUUCAACAGACUGACUUGGCUGCAACCCUAGCAAUAGGGCUUGGUCUGCCGAUCCCAGGGAACAGUGUCGGCAGCCUCCUGUUCCCUACCGUGGAAGGGAGACCGGUGAGAGAACAGCUGAGGUUUUUACAUUUAAAUGCAGUGCAGCUCAGCAAAUUGUUGCAAGAGAACGUGCCGUCAUACACAAAAGAGCCUGGAUUUGAGCAGUUUAAAAUGUCAGAGAGGUUGCAUGGGAACUGGAUCAGACUGUACUUGGAGGAAAAUAACUCAGAAGUCCUUUUCAACCUGGGAGCCAAGGUUCGAAGGCAGUACUUGGAUGCCCUGAGGACCCUGAGCCUGUCCCUGAGCAGACAAGUGGCCCAGUACGACAUCUACUCGAUGCUGGUGGGGACUGUCAUGGUUUUGGAGGUUCUAGCGCUGCUCCUACUCAGCAUCCCGCAAGCUCUGAGCAGCAAGGCUGAACUGGAGGUUCCUCUCUGGUCGCCUGCGUUUUCUCUGCUCUUUUAUUUGAUGUUCCUGGUUCUUUCUGCUCUUCACGUCAUUGUGUGCACCUCGGCCGAGAGUUCCUGCUAUUUCUGUGGCCUCUCGUGGCUGACAGCAGGCGGAGUGAUGGCGUUGAUCUCUGCACUGCUCUGUGCAGUCGUGUCUGCUCUUGCCAAGAUGUUUGCCUCUGGAAAAUUCCUGAGCAAGAAUCCAGCUCAUCCAAAGGCACGAUGGUCGGAGUUAGAUGUUCUUAUCUUACUCGGGACCGUGGGCCACGUGCUGAGUCUGGGUGCAAGCAGCUUCAUCGAGGAGGAGCACCAGACCUGGUAUUUCCUCAUUAACACCCUGUGUCUGGCUCUGUGUCACGAAAUCUACAGAAACUGCUUUCUGAGGGACGACUGUGAGCCCCAGCAAUGCUCACACAUGGAGGAGGGAUUCGUCAGCACUGCACCAGCAUUACAGGACAGGAGCAUCCACUGUAACAUGUUAGAGCCCCACAGAGUGUCUAAGGACCCCACUUCCCUUGACACGCUCAGAGGCUGUGAGAAGUGGAUGGUGUUAGCAAGCCCAUGGGUGAUACUUACCUGCUGUCGGCUGCUGCGGUCACUAAACCAGACGGGUGUGCAGUGGGCCCACCGGCCUGACCUGGGGCAUUGGCUCACCAGGUGA